AUGUCCUACGGGUCCGAUUAUAAUUCCAGCGGCGCUGACACAGGCGCGCGACAGCAACCACAACAGCAAACAGUCGGGUUUAGCAACUACAACGCAAGCAUGAUGAUGUACAGCGUACCGCAAGCAAGCACGCAAACUUCGAUUUACAACACACCGCAAUAUGCGCCCCCACUCUCGUCGAGAAAUAACCCCAUGGCAUCAGCGCCGCUGUUAUCCAGCCAGCCCGACGUGAACGCAUCUUACUUUGGAGAGGAAGAGGUUUCCCCUCAGACGGCCUCGCUGGAGCACGGUGCCAGCAGCGGAUCAGCAACAGCUUACUACCAAGAUAUUCCCUCCUCGUUCCACUAUACCACAGCGACAGGGGCAGAAAGCACCGGUGGCAGUGGCAGCAUAAGCGGCAACAGCCUCACCGGGGUGGAGAGCUUCUACCAACUCGCCGAUCUAGGCGGGAGCACUUCUGGAGCGAUGGCCGAUACUUCCAGACCGGACAGAACGGCAGAAUUUGAGGAAAAGUGGCAAGAAUACCGGCGACGCCUAGCCAACGUCUUUCUCGAGAUCAAAAACGGGAAUCUGGAAAAGGCCGCUGAUGGGCUCUUGAGCGUCUCUUUUUGGCUCUUGUCCAGGGUAGAGGAGCUGGGCCUGACCGAGGACGACGAGGACCUACAUAAAGAUCGGCUGAAGCUUUGGCAGGACUUCAACCACGCGUGGAUCGCGCUCACUUUCAAGCAAAAACAGUUCAUGGAGCGGGUUGGCCCCGAUGAUGUAGUACCGCAGCCGCUAUCAAUGCGCACGGUCAAGAGGAUGGGCGACGAACUGAUCCGCCUCUGCGACGGUAUUGAGCGGCAUGGCCUGGUAGACUACCAGUUUGGCGUGUGGGAGGAUGAGAUUGAAUCAUUGCUUGAGGACUGUCUUACGCUCUUCGAGGAGCAGGAGAAGGAGCAGAAAGAGGCUCGCAGCAAAGACCGAAGCGAAUCAUGA